AUGUAACAACUAUUGAAUUGUCCAAUAUGCUUAUAAACUCUACUUUAUCCAGUGACUCUUGCAUGUGGUCAUUCAUUCUGUAAACCUUGUUUAUGUGACAAAUACUUUUAUCAAAAUUUCAAUUCAUGCCCUAUUUGCAGAAUACCUAUUUAAAUCUAUAUAGAUUAGUUCAAAGUGAAUGUACUGUUAGAAACAAUCAUCUAAUAAUAAUAUGAAAAUGAAUAAAAUUAUUAACUUAGAUUAAAGAACUAUCAAUAUAGAUUGGAAAAAAAAAAUCAGAUAAGCUAAUCUUACAAUCGUGUCAUUUAAGAAUAUUUAAAAUGGAUUUAACAGAAUUUGUUAAAGUUGUUUCCAUUAAUUGUGAUAGGUAUUAGUUAUAUCUAAUAUAUUGCAGUAUUAGUCAUUCUGAUGUAUUUGAAGUUUAAGAAACUUCGAUAAAGAUUCACUAUAAGAGUAAGAUUAUAGCAUUUAAGUCAAGAAAUAACUAGACUCUUAUCUCAAUUUUCUUCAAAAAAUGAUGAUAGUUAUAAAGACACAGAUAUUGAAAACUUAGUGUUUACAAAAAUAGUAAAACACUUAUUUACAAACUAUAUAAGAUUUUGA